AUGCUGAGGCACCACGUACUAUCUCAGACACGCAUAUUGCAGCGUGCAAGCACUGCUUUUCAGCCAACGGUACUCAUUCGCUUUGUGUCAGGGCCAAUCAUCACUGAGGAUCACGAAGAAGAUGAGGAGGCCCUAAGUGUCGGUGAGCCCUCGGGUUUCGAGCGCGACACCCUGGACACAUAUCUAAACACACUUAAAAAGUAUAAUCCGCCCAUCAAGACGGGACUUCGAGGGCUUAACAUUAUCCAUGAUCCACUUUACAAUAAAGGAACGGGAUUCCCACAUGUUGAGCGCGACCGUCUUGGUCUGCGCGGUUUAGUGCCUCCGCGUCGUCUGAAAGUGGAGGCACAGCUUGCUAAGCUGUACGAAACGUUUUCCCAAGAGAAGGACCCACUUAGUAAAAGUCGUUUUCUUACGGAUCUGCACGAUAGAAACGAAACGCUGUUCUUUCGUCUUUUGAUCAUGCACAUGAAAGAAAUGGCCCCCAUUGUAUAUACUCCGACGGUUGGUCUCGUAUGCCAAAAGUUUGGCCAUCUCUUUCGUCGACCUCGCGGUAUGUUUUUUAGUACGCGCGACCGUAGCCAAUUUGGUGCUAUGGUGCACAAUUGGCCGUGCGAUGACGUAGAAGUGAUUGUGGUUACUGAUGGGAGCCGUAUCCUUGGCCUUGGAGACCUUGGUGCAAACGGUAUGGGUAUCCCCAUCGGUAAGUUGGCGCUUUAUACGGCUGCCGGUGGAAUUGAUCCACGAAAGGUUCUUCCAGUAAUGCUCGAUACGGGUACAAACAACAAGCAACUUCUUGAGGAUCCAUACUACCUUGGUGUGCAGCAGCCUCGUCUAAUAGGGGAAGCCUUUUGGUCGAUGGUCGAUGAAUUCAUGCGUGCUGUGCGCCAUCGGUGGCCCAAGGUCCUUGUGCAGUUUGAAGAUUUUUCGAGCGAACACGCUGCGGACGUGCUAAAUGCUUACCGUCUGAAACAGCUCUGCUUUAACGAUGACAUUCAAGGCACGGGUGCUACGGUACUGGCUGGCGCUCUAAGCGCUUGUGAGCGUGUGGGGAUUCCACUAAAGGAACAGCGCAUUGUCAUUCUUGGUGCUGGUAGUGCAGGCUUGGGUGUAGCCACUACGUUGUUGCAGGGUAUGCUGCGUGAAGGAAUGACAACUGAGGAGGCUCGUGAGCGCUUUUAUAUUCUCGAUCAGUAUGGAUUGCUCGGUGAGUCUCGAGAGUCGCUAAAUUCAGGCCAGCAAUAUUUUUCUCGCAGCGAUCUUGCUGACAAGACAAACCUUGUCGAUGUGAUUAAACGGGUAAAACCCACGAUGCUGAUGGGGCUGAGCGCUGCCGCUGGUGCCUUCACCCAAGAGGCUGUGGAGGAAAUGGCAAAGCACACAAAACAGCCAAUCGUUUUCCCACUGUCAAAUCCCACGUCUGUUGCUGAGUGCACAGCCGAGCAAGCUUACGAGUGGACCAAAGGCAAUCAAUGCAACAACAUGUUUAUCUUUCCAGGUGUGGGUCUUGCGUGCUCGGUGAUUCAAGCGACCCGUGUAACAGACGGUAUGCUCUAUUCGGCUGCAAAAGCGCUGUCGCAGUGCAUGACUCCAGAGGAAAUUACGAACGGUCAAGUAUUCCCGUCCGUGGAAAAUAUUCGUGAAGUAUCGCUUAAGGUGGCUACAGCUGUCUGCCAGACUGCUAUCGAGGAAGACGUCGCUAGUAUCACACCAAUUAUUCGCCGUGGUGGGACUCUGGAACACUUUGUUGCUUCAAAAAUGUACUACCCGACGUACCACGCUCUCGUUGAGUGA